CCAACCUCACCCCUCACUCUCUUCUUUUUCUCUCUCUCUCUCUCUUCUCUCUCUCUCUCUCUCCAUCCAACUUUGUUCUUCAUUUCUCCCAAACCCUCACCAAACAGCAACAAAAGAGCAAACUGAACACCAAGCAAGAAAACAUACAAAACCAUCCCCAUGAGAUCAGGUAGAAGAAAGAUGUCCAAUUCAUCAGCUGUUUCCGUUUCAGCUGAAAAUCUGGUAGCUGAUGCAGCUUCCCCAAAAAAACCCAUCAAUCCUUUUUCAGGUUAAGUUUAUUAUCAUCACUUGAUUCAUCCAAAAGCAAAACCCUCAUAAAAAAAACCCCGGAAAACUCUCUCUCUCUCUCUCUCUCUCUCUCUCUCUCUCUCUCUCUCUCUCUCUCUCUCUCUCUCUCUCUCUCUCUCUCCCUCAUGGAUCCAGUUCGACCACUUCCACCUCCUUUCCACACAAGAGAUCUCCAACUCCACCACCCUAACUACCAACACCACCAAAACCAGAUCAAAUCCGAAGACAACAAGAACAACUUAUCAGCCGGCGGCGCCACCACUUCGGAGGGCAAAGAAUCACUCUCUCUUUCCGGAGAAGGAGAGGUCACGAGGCGGCCCCGCGGACGCCCCGCCGGAUCCAAAAACAAGCCCAAGCCCCCCAUCAUAAUCACCAGGGACAGCGCCAACGCCCUCAAAUCCCACGUCAUGGAAGUCGCCAACGGCUGUGAUAUCGCCGAGAGCGUCUCCACCUUCGCUGCACGGCGUCAGCGAGGCGUUUGUAUUUUAAGCGGCAGCGGAAACGUUACUAACGUUACCCUCCGGCAGCCGGCCGCACCGGGCGCGGUCGUCACUUUACACGGCCGGUUCGAAAUUCUAUCCAUAUCGGGUUCCUUUUUGCCCCCUCCGGCCCCACCUGCCGCGUCUGGCCUGACUAUUUAUUUAGCAGGCGGACAGGGACAGGUGGUGGGAGGGAGCGUUGUGGGACCGCUCUUGGCGUCGGGCCCUGUGGUGAUUAUGGCCGCUUCGUUCGGGAAUGCCGCGUACGAGAGGUUGCCGUUGGAGGAGGAGGAGGGGCCAGGAAGCGGAGGGAGUGGUGGCGGCGGUGGAUUGGCGUCGCCACCGGGUAUGGGUGGUCAACAGUCAACGCCACCACCGCAGCAACACCACCAACAGCAGCAGCAGCAACAACAACAGCAGAUGAUGGGUGAUCCUAAUAAUUCACCUCUAUUUCAUGGGUUACCUCAAAAUCUGCUAAAUUCAAUGCAAUUACCAGGUGAUCCUCAUCAUCAACAAGGGUAUUGGGGAACAGGUCGCCCACCUUAUUAACAAGAAAAGAUGAUACCUUAAUUUAAUUAGCCCUUGUUUAAUUUGAUUUUCUACUUGUUUUUCUUUUCUUUUUUUACUUUAAUUCCCAAGUGAUCAUCUCACCUUAUUGCAUUUUACUUCUUUUUCUUCUCCCUUUUGGUACGUAGUAGUUGUGUUAACUAAACAUGUUAGUUAAUUGGUCUUGUUGUUAAUUAAUUAGUUUGGUUUUCGAUUGAAGAGAAUUGAAGAAUUCUAAGUGGGUUUCAGAAAA